ACCACGCUGCUGGCGGAUGCAUUGCGUAGUGCCGCUUCACACUUUUGGAGUAUUUGCUUUUUGCAGUUUCGCACGAGUUGUAAUUUGAAAACAGCACCUAAUAUGACUUUGCAGUCCUAAUAUGGGGGAGGUCCCUCACUUCCGCGAUCGGCCCACCGGGAAUGCCCCGGUACUCCCAAUGGCCAGUGCAUCCCUGGGUGGCAGUAAUGCAACGUUAUGGAUGCCAGCUGCCGUAAAACACCGAAGAAGAAGACGACGUCACUGUUUACAAAAUUCACGUUUUUGUUAUUUUUAAGGAAAUGAUAACGGUACCUUUUACUUGUGCUUUGAAACCCGUUUUCAAAAGCUUGCCUUUUUUAGGCCCCCAAAGCGCCGACCGCGGUUGUCGUGUAAAUGAACAGACAAAACGCAGUUUUCCGCUUUUAGUUGAAGACAGUUUCGUGCACUCUGUCCUCAGUGAAGUGAGUCCACGGUGUUUUGUAUAUUCACUGAUUUAUAACGUAAUUUAAGCAACAUUUUAUUAGUUGUCGCUUCUGUAUUGGUCUCAUUGCCGUUACUUGAGUGUCUUUUCUGGGGUCUGCUGACUGAAAUAAACAUUAGCUUAGCGGAUGUGAAAAUCAUUGAGACCUGAGCGGAUUUGAUUGUUUUUCUAGGUUGGUGUGAAUCGUCGUUUCGAUGUUUUGGCGUGAUUAUGUCACAGUGUAGUCUGUGAGGGGAUAACAGCAGUGAUUUUCUUCUCUCUUAUGACAUAACUUAUGUCUCUACCGCAAACACUUACAAUACAGUCAGACUUCUUCAGAUGAUCAUAUCUGCUCCUCCAACCACACAGCAAUUCACCUUUAGUGAAGCUCCUCCCACAGUGAUUCACCAGUAAAUGCUGGAAUAUUUUCAUCAGCCUACGAGUGAAGACAGACUUUAUUAAAGAAAGUCGAAAACAUGACUGAUCCAGAACCCUGCAGUAUAAAACAGGAAGAUACUGAAGAAAAAAUAGACCUGAUAGAAGAGAACAAGGAGAUUGAAGAACUGACUGAAGUGGAAGAGAAACAUCAUGUAAAAUCUGAAGAAAGGCCUUACGUAUGUAAUUUAUGUGGAAAGAGUUUUAGUCAGAUGAAUGCAUUUAAAAUGCACCAGAUUAGACACAGCAGUGUGAAGGAUCAUGCUUGCUCUGAGUGUGGGAAGACUUUUUUUGCAGAUGGUGCACUGAAAGUGCAUCUGAUAGUUCACACUACAGAAACACCUUACAAGUGUUCACACUGUGACAAGAGAUUCAAACGGUCAAUAUAUAUGAAAAGACAUGAGAGGAUCCACACUGGAGAGAAGCCGUAUACAUGUGAUCAGUGUGGGAAGAGCUUCAGACUAAAAGGAAUCCUUAAUGAUCACAUGAAAAUCCACACCGGAGAGAAGUCGCACACAUGUGAUCAAUGUGGAAAAAGUUUUGCACAAAAAGGAAAUCUUAAAGAACAUAUGAAAAUCCACACAGGACUGAAGCCACACACAUGUGAUCAGUGUGGGAAGAGUUUCAGACUAAAAGGACUUCUUAAUGAUCACAUGAAUAUCCACACUGGAGAGAAGCCACAUACUUGUGAUCACUGUGGGAAGACUUUCACACAAAAAGCAAACAUUAGCAAACACAUGAAAGUCCACACUGGAGAGAAGCUGCACACAUGUGAUCAGUGUGGAAAGAGUUUUUCACAAAAAGGAAACCUUAAAGAGCACAUUAAAAUCCACACUGGAGAGAAGAUGCACAUAUGUGAUCAGUGUGGGAAGAGUUUCAGACAUAAAGGAAACCUUAAAAAACACAUUGAAAGCCAUAUUGGGGAGAAGCCGCACACCUGUGAUCAGUGUGGGAAGAGUUAUACACGAAAAAAAGCCCUUAAUGAUCACAUGAAAAUCCACACUGGAGAGAAGCCGCACACAUAUGAUCAGUGCGGGAAGAGUUUAACUUGUAAAAUAAAUCUGUGUACUCAUUCUAGAGCAAGACGAUAUAACUCUGACCAGUGCAGUACAAAAAGAAAAGUCAGGGCAGAUUUCCGGAAGAACCACCUGAAAGUUCAUUCAAAAGAGAAAAUACAUGAGAAGAUCCACACUGGAGAGAAGCCGUAUACAUGUGAUCAAUGUGGGAAGAGCUUCAGAAUAAAAGGAAAUCUUAACAAACACAUGAAAAUCCAUACCGGAGAGAAGCCACACACAUGUGAUCGUUGUGGGAAGAGUUUUGCACGAAAAGGAAAUCUUAACAAACACAUGAAAAUCCAUACCGGAGAGAAGCCACACACAUGUGAUCAGUGUGGGAAGAGUUUUACACAAAAAGCAAUCCUUAAUGAUCACAUGACAAUCCACACUGGUGAAAAGCCACACACAUGUGAUCAGUGUGGGAAGAGUUUCAGAAUAUCAAGUGUUUUUAAAAUGCAUCUGCAUACUCAUUCUAGUGAAAGACAAUAUAACUGCGACCAGUGUGGUAAACAUUUUUUUAGGACAAGUGCCCUAAAGAGGCAUCUGAAAGUUCAUACAAGGGAGAAGCCUCAUGUGUGUUCUUUGUGUGGAAAGAGUUUUAGUGAGCGGGAUGCUUUAAAAAUACACCAGAAAAGACACAGCGGUGUGAAGAAUCAUAUUUGCCCUGAGUGUGGGAAGCCUUUUUUUACAGAUGCUGAAGUGAAAAUGCACCAGAGAAUUCACACUACAGAAACACCUUACAAGUGUCCACACUGUGACAAGAGAUUCAAACGGUUAGUAUAUCUUAAAGUACAUGAGAGGAUCCACACUGGAGAGAAGCCAUAUCACUGCCAUUCAUGUGGCAAGAGUUUCACUCAAUUAUCUUCUCUAAUCUGUCAUAAAAAAAGGAUGCACAUCUGAAAUUACAGUAAGUAGUUUAAGUGUCUUUUUAAUAAACUUUGAGUAAACUGAA